AUGCUGAGCGAAGACAAGUGUGUAGAGCUUUUGGAGCUUCUUGCACACUACGAUGGUCUGUUGGAACAGUUUCAGGUGGCCUGUGGCGAUGGCUUCUUCCAACUAAGCAGAGCUAAUUAUCAUAAUAAAGAUGCUAUCAGAGAAAGAUAUGGAAAGGACUACUGGGAUGAAACUUACAGAGGCUCUAGAUUUGUUUCCAUAGAGGGAACUAAAUUCACCUUCAAGGACAGUGAAACAGUUGAACAAUAUCUGGCACAAUUCGAAGAAGUUGAACACGAAGGUUCAGAUCAAGCGCAGGAAGAAAAGACCGUGAGGAGACGAAAAGAGACUAAGGACAGCGCUGGAGUUCAAAAAACCAAGCGCGCAACAAAAGCAAAAGAUCCAAUUUUUAUGUUCGGAGGAGCUUUGUCCAUCCCAUCGUCGUUGCGACAAUGUCAGAGCAGCUUUAAAGGGAGCACAGAGCUGAUUCUUGAACUAGUGAACUGCCGGAAGAAAAUUGAAGCAUUAAAACCAUGA